CGAGCGAGUCCGUGGGGUCUGACGUCUGGCGUCUCGUCUCGUCGUGCCUGACGACGGGCAAGAGAACAAACGCAGGCUUUGCUUAUCUACGGCUGGCGCGGCGGGGCGCGGCACGUACGGCUUAUCUACGGCUUCGUGUUUUCUUCUGUUCCAUCGCGUGCCAGGCAGCUGCGGCGGAAGCGAGCGGCCGGAUAAGAAGGGAGGAGAUGGCCAUUGGCGGAGCGCCGUCGCGUGGCGCCGCCGACGGCUCGGCGGCCUCGCUGCCCGGCCUGGAGCAUCCCCUCCUCCACGCCUAUGAGGCGCGCAAGGAGGCCGAGGCGGCGGACGACGACCACGAGGCGCAGUGCUUCGGCUCGGAGCCCGACGCCGGCGGCGCGAGCUUCGUGCGAACCUGCUUCAAUGGCCUCAACGCCCUCUCCGGCGUCGGGCUGUUGUCCAUCCCGUACGCGCUGUCGGAGGGCGGGUGGCUGAGCCUGGCGCUCCUGCUCGUCGUCGCGGCGGUGUGCUGCUACACGGGCCUGCUCCUCCAACGGUGCAUGGCCGCGUCACCGGCGGCGGCGCGGGGGUACCCGGAGAUCGGCGACCUCGCGUUCGGCCGCGGCGGCCGACUCGCCGCGUCCGCGUUCCUCUACGCCGAGCUCUACCUCGUCGCCAUUGGCUUCCUCAUCCUGGAGGGGGACAACCUCGACAAGCUGUUCCCGGGCACCAGCCUCAGCCUGCCGCUCGGCGGCGGGGGCGGGGGCGGGGGCGGGCGCCUCCUCGUCGUCUCCGGGAAGCAGCUCUUCGUCGUGCUCGUCGCGCUCGUCAUCCUGCCCACCACGUGGCUCCGGAGCCUGGGCGUCCUCGCGUACGUGUCGGCCAGCGGCGUGCUCGCGUCGGCGGUCGUGGUCGUCUGCGUGCUGUGGGCCGCCGUUGCAGAUGGCGUCGGGUUCCGGGGACAGGGCAGGAUGCUCAACGUCAGUGGCCUGCCCACUGCUCUGGGCCUGUACACCUUCUGCUACUGCGGCCAUGCCAUUUUCCCCACGCUCUCCAACUCCAUGAAGGAAAAGAAAAAGUUUUCAAAGGUGCUUGUCAUAUGCUUCGCCGCCUGCACCCUGAACUACGGAUCCAUGGCGAUCCUCGGCUACCUCAUGUACGGAGACGACGUCAAGUCCCAGGUGACGCUGAACCUGCCGGAGGGCAACAUCAGCUCGAAGCUGGCCAUCUACACGACGCUGAUCAGCCCGUUCUCCAAGUACGCCCUGAUGGUGACGCCGCUCGCGACGGCGGUCGAGGAGAGGUUGCUCGCCGCCGGCUACAAGAGGUCCGUCAACAUACUGAUCAGGACCCUCCUCGUCGUCAGCACGGUCGUCUUCGCGCUCGCGGUGCCCUUCUUCGGCCACCUGAUGGCGCUCGUGGGCUCGCUCCUCAGCGUCAUGGCCUCGAUGCUGCUCCCAUGCGUCUUCUACCUCAAGAUCUUCGGCGUGGCGCGGCGCGGCAGGGCCGAGGUCGCGCUGAUCGCCGCGAUCAUCGUUCUUGGCUCCCUGGUCGCCGCCACGGGGACGUACUCUUCUCUGAAGAAGAUUGUUCACGAGUUCUGAAGAAGACAUGCCCCUGUGUCGCAGAGUUGUGUUCUUUUGUUAUCGCUGUGCAGUUCGGUAUCGCAAGAUGUGUAGUCGAGGCAGGGGAACAGGGCUGUGUUGAAAAAGACACAAGAGGAGCAGGUUGCCUGCAUAGAUAUGGGCAUAUGUUGCUAACUUGCUAUGCCGUCUUGAGGCAUGUACUACUUUUAUAAGAGAUGCAUAUAGUCAUUUGCCACUGUAGGAGCCUAGGAGAGCACUCUCAACGAAAUCUGCCGCGAGAAGUAAGUAAAAUGAGGAAUCUUGUUUCAUUUCA